AUGUUUGUCGACUCUUACCUGAAAUGGGCUGCGAUUGGCCUGGCUACUGCCCAGCUUGGUGCUGCCCAAACUUAUACAACCUGCAACCCGCUGAAGAAAACCUGCGCUGCGGACACCGGUCUGGACAAAUGGCAAUUCGAUACCGACUUCACUUCGGGCACUUCUUCCUUCAGCAAGUGGAAUGUCACCGCGGGCACCGUUGAGAGCACUUCUCUGGGCGCCAAGUUCACCAUCUCCGAGCAGGGAGAUGCACCCACCAUCGAGAGUGAAUUCUAUAUCUUCUUCGGUCGCGUCGAUGUCAAGUUCAGAGCUGCCAACGGUACUGGCAUCAUCAGCACCAUGGUUAUGGAGUCUGAUGAUCUUGAUGAGAUUGACUGGGAGCAAAUCAGUACCUACGAUACCUCCAUCGAGACCGACUAUUUCGGCAAGGGCAACACUACCUCCUACGAUCGCGCCACAACCGUCACUGUUUCCACCCCUGAAGAGACUUUCCACACCUACAGUGUUGACUGGACCUCCAGCCGUAUCGAGUGGCUGCUAGACGGCACUGUCGUCCGCACCUUGGAGUAUGCCGAUGCUGUCUCCGGCAAGAAUUACCCCCAGACUCCCAUGCGCGUCAAGAUCGGUAUCUGGGCCGGUGGUGACUCUGACAACUCCGAGGGAACAAUUGAGUGGGCCGGUGGUGAGACUGUCUACACCGACGGUCCCUUCUCCAUGUACGUCGAGUCCGUCAACAUCACCAACUACAACCCCGCCCAGGCCUACAAGUACACCGACAAGACUGGCGCCUACACUAGCAUUAAGGCUUCCAAUGGUACUACUUCGACCAACCUGUCCGGCACUACAUCGAGCUCUAUCUCUAGCAGCGCAUCAGCCAGCUCUUCUUCCAAGGCCUCUAGCUCUUCUGCUGCUAGCGCAUCCGCGUCGUCUUACAUGACCUCUGCCGCAUCGAUCUCGAUGUAUUCCUCAAUUUUUGCCACUGCCAUGGUCGUCCUUGCUGCUGGUGCCCUCCAACUAUAG